GCUAUAUUAUUCGUGUCUGUGCAUUGCCCUUGCCUCCGUCUUUUCUUCUCCUCCAGAUCGGAGCGCGAUGGCGAGCUACGGCGGCGUUCUCCGGCGCUCCGCCUCCGUAGUGCAGCGCGCCCGAGAUGGAGUUCGAUCCACCCGCAAGGCUCUGGCUCGCUUCGCCAGGCCUCAGUCCUUCGCCGCGCCGCCCGACGCCGAAGCUGCUGCUGUCCGCGCCGUCCGCAACGUCCGAUCCUUCCGCUUCCAUUAUGCGCUUCUAUUCUGGAUCCUGAUCCUCGCCUCCCUCUUCCCCCACCGCCGCCCCACCAUGCUCUUCCUCAUGGCCGCCUCCAAGCUCGCCCUCUUCUUCGGCGCACUCCUCAAGGUCUUCCCCAAUUCUGCCAUUGUCCAGCGCAUCGUCGAUCGAAGAGUUAUGGCAGCGCUUGUGAUCUUCGUGAUCGGGACCGAGAUCGUGGUGACGAACGCUGUGCUGGAGUUUCUGCUAGCGGUGGCCGUCGGCGUGCCCUUGGUGCUGCUCCACGCCGUGUUCCGCGUGCGGGACGACUUAACGGCUGUAGUCGAAGAGACAGCGGCGGUUGUAAACGGUGGAGAAUUCAGGCAGAUCGUGGAGAAGGAGAAAAAGGAAGAUCUUGAACUGGGUUCGUGAUUCUGUACGAUUACCAAUCCCUUCCCUCUUUUUCCACACAUCAUGAUUAAUGUGUUUACAUCCUAGUGCUUAGCUAUACUUGUUUCAUGUAUACUGAUACAAAGAUUAUAGCUUUCCAAGCAAAGUUAACCCAUAAAACUGGAGAGAAUGCAGCAAUGAGUGAUGUCCAAUCUUGAGAAGAAAAAAAAAGAGAGAACUUUCUCUCAGAUGUUUUUUUUUUUAUUUUAUUGGUAUUUUGUGAUCUAUCGUGUAGGAUUUCUUAAUUUCUUUAAUUAUGUAAGCAAAGUUUAAGCUGUGAAAUUGGAAAGCAUUGAGCAAGCGGUGUUCUUGAUUA